AUGGUGAUUUGUGAUGUCGGGGACGAGGCGGAGGAAGAGAAGACUGUAGAGACAGAGUUGGAUGUGGAUGGAGGCGAAGAUGGCGGGGAGGACGAGGAGGAUUCGGAAGCGACGAGGCUGGUGGUUGUCGUUGGUGGGAUGGUCGUGUGGGAGGACGUUGGAGGACCCGAAGAGGUGGUUGAAGACGGCGGCGGUGGUGGGAUUGACGAAGAGAUGGGGGAAGACAGCGGAGCAGAGGAAGUUUGGCUAGAGGAGGACGAGUCGGCUGGGCGGACCGUGCUCGUCGUGCUAACAGGGCUUGCGUUUGUGGAUGCUGAACUGGAGCUGGACACCGCUGCGGCAGUCGUUGUAGCAGACAGAGGAUGA